UCAAUGACUCAAUCAGCAAGCGCGAACGAGAAGAGACUAGACAACAACCCAACAGUUUGGUUCCUUUCGCCUCUUCAAUUGCACAUUUUUCUCUCCCCUGAAUCCUAAAACCACAGGCUGUAGUUCACAUUCCUCUCUCAAUCUAGCCCCAUUUCUCCACCCUUCUGUGUGUUUGCAUGUAUCGAACGCCAUAUCCGAUCCCUGAGUUGGUUCAGUAGAUGGAUUUGGUUCGGUGCGCUUCAUCGUGCCUCGUGUACCCGCCCAACAAGUUCAGUCCUCACAAGAGUUUGAACCGGCACGCGAACAGCUCAAAGAGAGGCGGUUUGAAUCUGGGUUUGAGCGAGAGCUGCUCGAAAACGGAUUUCGCCAGGAGGAGGUUGAUCGUCGUUGGUAAUGCUGGCGAUGGAGGAGGCGCUGCGGAGGUGGAGACGGCGGUGAUGGUGGAGGAGAAGCCGAAGCUGGGGCGGUUUCAGGUGUUCGAUGGUUCUCCGGUGCCGUUCGGAGCCACGGCUCAAGACGGUGGAGUCAAUUUCGCCAUUUAUUCUAGCAGUGCAGUGUCUGCUACGCUUUGCUUGAUGCGUCUCUCGGAUUUGCAGGAGAAAAGAAUGACUGAGCAGAUCUCUCUGGACCCAGUGAGUAAUAAAACUGGUGAUGUUUGGCAUGCAUUUUUGAAGGGAGACUUUGAAGAAAUGCUGUACUGCUACAAGUUUGAUGGAAAAUUUUCUCCUGAAGAAGGACACUACCAUGAUUCUUCUCAGAUGUUGUUGGAUCCUUAUGCUAAAGCAGUCAUAAGCCGAGAGGAGUUUGGUGUUUUGGGACCUGACGGUGAAUGUUGGCCUCAGAUGGCAGGCAUGGUUCCAUCAGCCAAUGACAAGUUUGAUUGGGAAGGAGAUUUACCCCUGAAAUUUCCACAAAGAGAUCUUGUGAUCUAUGAAAUGCAUGUUCGGGGAUUUACGAGGCAUGAUUCAAGCAAGACAAAAUUUCCUGGUACAUUCCUUGGUGUAGUUGAGAAACUUGACCACUUGAAGGAACUUGGGGUUAAUUGUAUAGAAUUAAUGCCAUGUCAUGAAUUUAAUGAGUUGGAGUACUACAGCUAUAACACCAUCUUGGGUGACUAUAGGAUGAAUUUUUGGGGAUAUUCAACCGUGAAUUAUUUUUCACCAAUGAUAAGAUAUUCUUCUGCUGGUAAUCUCGGUUGUGGCCAAGGUGCAGUAAACGAAUUCAAGCUUCUUGUUAAAGAAGCUCAUAAACGAGGAUUUGAGGUUAUCAUGGAUGUUGUUCUCAAUCACACUGCAGAAGGGAACGAGAAAGGCCCCGUGUUAUCAUUUAGAGGUGUUGAUAACAGUGUCUUUUAUAUGCUUGCACCUAAGGGAGAAUACUAUAAUUAUUCAGGUUGUGGAAACACAUUCAAUUGCAACCAUCCAGUUGUACGUAAAUUUAUAGUGGACUGCUUAAGAUACUGGGUCACAGAGAUGCAUGUAGACGGCUUUCGCUUUGAUCUUGCUUCUAUCUUGACAAGAGGAUGCAGUCUAUGGGAUGCCACUAAUGUAUAUGGAAAUCCAAUAGAUGGUGACAUGCUGACAACUGGUACUCCUCUCAGCAGUCCACCAGUAAUUGAUAUGAUUAGCAAUGAUCCAUUACUUCGUGGAGUUAAGCUUAUAGCAGAAGCAUGGGAUUGUGGAGGUCUUUACCAAGUUGGCAUGUUUCCCCACUGGGGCAUCUGGUCUGAAUGGAAUGGCAAGUAUCGUGACAUAGUACGGCAGUUCAUCAAGGGCACAGAUGGAUUUGCUGGAGCUUUUGCUGAAUGCCUUUGUGGGAGCCCCAAUUUGUACCAGGAAGGUGGAAGGAAACCAUGGAACAGUAUCAAUUUUAUAUGCGCACAUGAUGGUUUUACUCUGGCCGAUUUAGUUAUGUAUAAUAACAAACAUAACUUGGCAAAUGGUGAAGACAACAAUGAUGGGGAGAACCAUAACAAUAGCUGGAAUUGUGGACAGGAGGGCGAGUUUGUCAGCAUCUCUGUGGAGAAACUUAGAAAGCGACAAAUGCAGAAUUUUUUCCUCUGCCUUAUGGUUUCCCAGGGUGUCCCUAUGAUCUAUAUGGGUGAUGAAUAUGGUCACACAAAAGGAGGGAACAAUAAUACCUAUUGCCAUGAUAACUAUAUUAACUACUUCCAGUGGGAUAAGAAAGAAGAGGCCUCAUCAGACUUCUUUAGAUUUUGCUGCCUCAUAACCAAAUUCCGCCACGAAUGUGAAUCACUUGGCUUAAAUGACUUCCCCACCGCAGAGAGGUUGCAGUGGCAUGGCCAUUCUCCUGGGAUGCCAGAUUGGUCUGAAACAAGCAAGUUUGUGGCAUUCACACUGAUUGACUCUGUGAAGGGAGAACUGUACAUUGCCUUCAACACAAGUCAUUUGCCAGUCACCGUGACUUUGCCGGAACGGCCGGGUUACACAUGGGAGCCGCUGGUGGACACUGGCAAGCUUGCACCGUUCGACUUCCUGUCCAAAGACCUGCCUGAAAGAGAUACAGCAAUUAAACAGUAUGCACAUUUUCUUGAUAACAAUAUGUACCCCAUGCUCAGUUAUUCUUCCAUCAUUCUAUUACUCUCCAAAUUAUGAUGCUUAGUUCAAGCCCCUAUGCCCCACAAUUAAGUUUCCUAGUAAUAGUAUGUCAUGUAAUUACCAUGGCAGUGGUCUAGAUGAAUAAAGUUAUUUAGUGUUGUGAUAUGUUAUACCUAGGGGAAGCAAUAACAUGUUGUACUGAGGCUGUUACGUUUUUGGGCGGGAAAAUUCGUGUAAUUGGGGGAUGGUAUAAAAAGACACCAAUCCAUCUAAUGGAGGCAUCUGGAAGCAUCAAUCAAAUUUCAUUUCUGAA